AUGACUAGCACCGAGGAUAGCAAUCCCUCCUUGGAAUUGGAAGAGAAGCGUUAUGAAUUUAGUGGACACCUUUUGAAGAUCUCUACGUUUAGAGGAACGUACCUUGGUGUUUCUGCUUUUGUCUGGGAACCUGGUCUGGUUCUCUGUCGGUAUUUUGAGAACGAGAACAUUGAUUUUACUGGGAAGAAGGUGCUUGAACUGGGGUCUGGCACCGGAAUUGUCGGGAUUUUAGCGGUACUGCUCGGUGGAGAUGUCACCUUAACGGACAAAGCGUACGUUUUGAAGCAAAUAGAAUAUAACGUAGUGGCAAACAUACCAACGACCAGCAGACACCGUUCCAAAGUCCGGGCCCUUGCUUGGGGUAACGAUCAGGGUAACUUUUCAAGCGACUUUGAUUUCAUUCUGGGUUCGGACAUCGUGUACAAUCCACCGCACUUUCCGGGUCUUUUACAGACGCUGCUGCACCUCUGCAACACCAAGACUACAGUUUACAUGUCCUCUAACUUGAAGGCCAGAGAGGGGGCCGUCAAUUUUCACGAGGAGCUCCUGCCAAAGCAGUUUAACAGCGAGCUCAUUCAUACAAGCGGAAACAAUUAUAUUUACAAAGUGACGAAAAAAGCCCCACACGAUGAGCACUAG